ACACUGAAGCGGUUCGCGGUAAAGGUAACGACAGCCAGCGUGAAGGAACGGAGAGAGAUCCUCAGCGAGCUGGGAAAGUGCAUUACUGGGAAAGAUCUUCCUGAGGGUGCAGUAAAAGGCCUUUGCAAACUCUUCUGCCUCACUUUGCAUCGAUACCGCGACGCAGCAUCCCGCAGAGCCCUGCAGCUGGCGCUUCAGCAGCUCGCCGAAUCCCAGCCAGAUGCAACAGCAAAAAACCUUCUGCAGUCACUUCAGUCCUCAGGGAUCAGCAGCAAGACUGGAGUUCCCAGUAAGAGCAGUGGGUCUGCAGCUGUGCUGGCGCUCUCCUGGACAUGCUUGCUUGUACGCACGGUCUUUCCAACACCUGACAAGAGACAGGGAGAAACAUGGAAAAAACUGGUGGAGGUUCAGUGUUUGCUCUUAUUGGAAGUCCUAGGAGGUUCUCAUAAGCAUGCUGUGGAUGGAGCAGUGAAGAAAUUGAACAGGCUGUGGAAAGAGAACCAGGAUCUGGUGGAUCAGUACCUAUCUGUCAUUCUUAGUCUGGAACCAAACCAGAGCUAUGUUGCAAUGCUGGGACUUGUGGUGCAGUUUUGCACAGCCCAAAAAGAGAUUGAUAUUAUUAAACGUCACAAGGGUGCUCUUCUGGAUUUCUACAUGAAGACCGUCCUUAUGAGCAAGACAAAGCCUCAGAAGCACUUGCUGGACAGCUGUUCCCCUCUUCUUCGAUAUGUGUCUCACACUGAAUUCAAGGAUUUAGUUUUGCCAACUCUGCAGAAAUCACUGCUACGGAGCCCUGAGAAUGUAAUAGAAACAAUCUCCUGCUUACUCGUCUCUGUGAACCUGGACCUUAGCCAGUAUGCUCUAGACAUUGUGAAGGGACUGGCCAGUCAUCUGAAAUCCAACAGUGUGCAGCUGAUGGAUGAAGCAGUUGUGGCAUUAAAGAACUUGGCUCGACAAUGUAGCGAUCCUUCAGCUGUGGAGUCACUGGGGAGACAUCUUUUUGCCAUCCUGGGGGGCUCAGAGGGGAAACUGACAGUUGUUGCUCAGAAGAUGAGUGUCCUUUCAGGGAUUGGCAGCCUCAGUUACCAUGUGGUUUCUGGAUCCUCUAGCCAAGCUUUGAGUGGAACCGUGGCAGAGCUUUUCAUCCCUUUCCUGCAACAAGAAG